GGAAGAGGAAGCUCCUCCAGCUCCGACCGAAACAAAUCCAAGAUUCAAGGCCCAGAUCGCAGCCAAUUCCUCCAACUCUGCGCCCGCGGCCUCCUCCUUCGAUCCGUUACCUGCGCAAAGCCGUCUUUCUCUGUGCGCGGCCGCGAGCGCCAGCCAAGCCAGUCACCAUGGCGUCCCUCCACAUGUCGCAGGAGGACCUCAAGUCGCUCGAGUCGGCGCGCCAGAAGCUCGCCACCCUGGUCGCGAGCAUCGCGAGCAUGCGGGACGGCAUCCUCCAGAGCAACCCGCUCCCCGCGCCCACAUCCCUCGAGACGUCGGCCUUUGUCCUCCAAAAGAACGUCGAGUCGUUCCUGCGCGUGGCGACGGACAACGACGAGCUGUUCCGGCGCGUCGUGGUGCACCCGUCGACCAACUUCCCGGGACGGCAGUACGAGGGCAUCCUAGGCCAGCUGCUGCGCAAGAAGCUCGAGCCCGACGUCGAGACCAGCGUCGAGGACGCGCGCGCGGCGGCGGCGGCCGCGGGGCUGGGCCCGCACAGCUUCCUGGACUCGGACGGCAGCGGCGGCGGCGGUGGUGGGGGCAAGAGCGGCGGCGGUGGGGCCAACGGGAGGGGGGGCCGUGGCCUCUACGGGGACGACGAAGACGAUGACGAGGACAGCGACGACGACGACGACGAAGACGAUGACGACGAGGGCGGCUACCGCGGCCCCGAGGACGACGACGACAUGGACGACGACGUGGACGCGGCGGCGCGGCGGACGCGCGAGCCGCUGGGGCUGGGCGACGUGUGGCUCGACGCGCGCGUGUGGGUCGGCCGCCGCAUACAGGAGUUCGUGACGCGCGAGGACGGCAUGGUGUACACGCCGCAGGAGCGCGCGGGCGGCGUCGACAAGGUCCGCACGGGCCUGCGCCGCGCGCUGCCCGACGUCGUCGACGGCGACGAGGAUGACGAUGAAGACGACGACGAGGACGAGGAUGUGCCGCUGCAGAAGCAACAGCAACAGCAAAAGACGGCGGCGACGGCGGCGGCGGCGGCGGUGGCGCAGGGGGGGCCCGCGGUGGACCCGGAGGUGGUGAUGUGGUUCAUGGCGAGGGGGGAUAUGAACCUGCCACCCAACGUGGAGAGGCUAUCGGAUAUCGUGCUCGACGGCGGGAAGCGGCAGAGGAGGCCGCCUCAGUGACCAUUGUUUGGCCUUGGGUGCGACUCUGCCUCCAGGUUUCCCAUUUUGCAUAUAUGGUAUUGUACAAGGUCUGUUGCAUGAGGCUAUCGACUAACGCUAUCUUUGCUUCUCCCUUUGGCCCUGGCGAGUCACCGAAAUGUGAAGUUGGUUCGGUAAACACACAAACUGCCACUUGAUGGAAGCUGCCCAUGCACAACACACUUCAGCGCUGCAAGUCCGUAUCUGUCGAGCCAAGCCCCAAGCUGCCGACGGCCUUGUGAUGAUGGCCUUCCCGUCGCGUUUGCUGCUCGUCCUAGGGUAUUUGGUCACCUAGCUCCCUCGCCGCACGCUUGGGCGACCUUGUGGCGCCGUGAUAGGGGUUGCCGGCGCCCGUGGACGAGGUGUGGUGGUGGCGGCGCCGGCGGGGAGGAGGAGGGGCUGCUACCGCCGCCCUGGAUCGGGAGUGGACUCGGGCUGUGCUGGCGCUGAGGCGGCUCGAGGUGGAGCUCGUGUCGGGAGCAGGCGCGUGUCCAGGGCCGACAAGGUGGCCUGGUGCGCGCGCCUGGAGGAGCUGCUGAACGGCCAGGCGUGGCGGCGGCACCGCGUCGUCGUCGUUGCGGUUGAGAAGGUCAAGGGGCUGAGGGCGAGGGCUAGGAGGGGGCAUUUUAUACCACCCGGCCUGGUGCCACCGUAAACUGGCUGUGGUCCCUGUGGUGCUGAUUCGGUAGUUGUGGCUGACCGAGUUAAUUUAGCCGGCUCAAGUGUAAGAUGAAAGCAUGAUAUAUUCUUCAUCGUGUCCCCACCCGACCGAGUCCAACUUCCAUUUU